AACCUUUUUAUUUAUUUAUUUAUUAAAUUCAACAUUUACUGAUGUUUAAGUUUGCAAAAUCAAUUCUUGAUGCUGUUUUUGGCAAAAAAAGGCCUUUAGAAACAGAUGAAGAUGAUCAAGAACAACAGGCAUCUGAAAAUAAGAGACAAAAGAUGACCAUGGUCUAUCGCGUUAAAGUUAAUAAUUUACCUAGAGCUGAGAUGGAGGGAAUUAGAACGUUUUUCAAAAAAAUGGGUUAUGUUCGUGUAAGCAAAGCACCAAGGUGGACUUAUGCUUUUAUUUCAGUUGAUACUGAACAAGAAGCACAAGAAUGUGUAAAGACUAUUAAUGAAUGUGUAUACAAAAAUACACCAUUAUCAGCUGAAAUCCUUAUUCAAACUGAAGACGAAUUUCGUAAUAGAUCAAACACAAGAACUAAAAGAAGAAAGGGCUCUAAUAAGGAUGAGAUUGAAAAUGAUGCUCGUACUCCUGCUGAAAAACUCUCGGAUCAAGUUACACCCAUGUGGAGAAAGUCUUACGAUAUUCAAUUGAAAGAUAAGAAUAAUAAGGGUAUUAGGCAAUUAGUGACUCUUAAAAAGCGCGUUACUGAGUUAACAAAGACAGCACGUGAUCCUAGUCAAAUUGAAUGGGCUCUUCAGAAAGGAAGACUACCAUGUGAAGUCCUUGAUCCCGUUCCCUCACCUCAAACAAAUGGGUAUCGUACUAAAUGUGAAUUUACUAUUGGUAAAGACCUGGACGGUGAACCUACUGUUGGUUUCUUAUUAGGUCUUUAUCGUGAGGGUGUCACGUCUGUUUUAGAUCCUAGUGAAUGUUUACAUAUACCUGAUAUUGCAAAGAAGAUUGCUAAAGCUAUGUGUGAUUAUAUUCGUCAAUCUGGUUUACCUGUUUAUGAUCGUGUCACUAAAGAAGGCUAUUGGCGCACAUUAAUGACUAAAACACAAAGUACAGGUGAUAUUUUAGUUUUAGUGCAAAUGCGUGAUGAAGAUUUAAGUUCUGAACGUGUCGAAGAAAUUAAAAAAGAUUUAAUUCGAUUCUGGAAUGAAGAAAGUGGUGUUAAGGUGACAACCUUACUUUUCCAAUCAUGGAAUGGUGCCUCUAACGGUUUUACUGAUAAAGCACCUAUUGAUAUAUUAACAGGUGAUGGAUAUAUAUAUGAAAAUUUACUUGAUUGUCGCUUCCGUCUUUCUGCUAGUGCCUUCUUCCAAGUGAAUACUCCUGCUACUGAAUUACUUUAUUCCAAGUGUGCUGAAUGGUGUAAUAUUGAUAAGGAGAAGAAGACUACUUUAUUAGAUCUUUGUUGUGGUACUGGUACAAUUGGUAUCACAAUGGCUAAAUCUGUUGAUCGCGUUAUUGGUAUUGAAAUGGUCCCUGAAGCUAUUGUUGAUGCAAAAGAAAAUGCUAAAUUAAAUGAUAUUAAAAAUGUUACUUAUUAUGCUGACAAGGUAGAGAAUAAGAUUGAUAUUGUUCAAAACGAAGAAAAUGAAGAAGUUAUUGCUGUCUUAGACCCACCAAGAAAUGGUGUACAUGCUAGUGUUAUUCGUGCUAUUCGUAAAGCCAAGCAUAUUGAUCGUGUUAUUUAUAUCAGUUGUGAUGCUAAACAAGCUUUUAACAACUUCCUUGGAUUAUGCCGUCCUGAGUCAAAUAGUUUUGUAGGCAUGCCUUUCAAACCUGCUCGUGCUAUUUCAUUUGAUCUCUUUCCACAUACAGAUCACUGUGAAUUAAUGAUUGAAUUUGUUCGCAUAAAGGAUAACUUGCAAGAAUAAAUAUAACAAAAUAAUCAUUAAUAUAUACAAUUAAUUAAAACGUAUAUUAUAUAGAUGUACAUAUAAAGAGUUUGAUACUUUUUUAUAUAAUAUAUUCCUUUAAUCAAAUGAAUAAAAAUAUAUGGAUUUUUUUUUUUAA